ACGCGCUCUCUUAGCGGCCCUACCCAGAGUGCACCGCGGCACUCCGCCACACGCUCGCGCGCGAGGCCUGAGGGAGCUGCUCCGGAGCGGGACUCGGUGUGUGUAACGGCAGCGGAUCUGCGUCGCCAUGCCCCCGAAGAAACAAGCGCAAGCGGCCGCGGGCAGCAAGAAGACCCAGGAGAAGAAGAAGGAGAAGAUCAUCGAGGACAAGACGUUCGGCCUGAAGAACAAGAAAGGAGCCCGACAGCAGAAGUUCAUCAAGACGGUUACACACCAGGUCAAGUACGGCCAGCAGAGCGCCCGACAGAUUGCUGCUGAAAGUGAAAAGAACAAGAAGAUUGACAAGAAGAAGGAGCUGUCUGAGCUGAACGAACUCUUUCGGCCUGUUGUUGCUGCUCAGAAAGUCAGCAAAGGUGUGGACCCAAAGUCAGUGCUCUGUGCAUUCUUCAAGCAAGGCCAGUGCACCAAAGGAGACAAGUGCAAGUUCUCUCAUGAUUUGACUCUGGAGAGAAAGUGCGAGAAGCGUAGCGUCUAUGUUGAUGGCAGAGAUGAAGAACUUGAGAAAGAUACCAUGGACAACUGGGAUGAGAAGAAGUUGGAGGAAGUGGUGAACAAAAAACAUGGGGAAACAGAAAAAAAGAAAGCUAAAACUCAGAUUGUCUGCAAGUAUUUCCUGGAUGCCAUUGAGAACAGCAAGUACGGCUGGUUCUGGGUCUGCCCGGGCGGAGGUGACAACUGUAUGUACCGCCAUGCACUUCCACCUGGCUUUGUGCUGAAGAAGGACAAAAAGAAAGAGGAUGCAGAGGAGGAGAAGAUUUCCCUAGAAGACCUUAUAGAGACUGAGCGAUCUGCCCUAGGUCCAAAUGUAACCCGUAUCACUCUGGAAACAUUUUUGGCUUGGAAAAAAAGGAAAAGGCAAGAGAAAAUUGCAAAAGCAGAGCAGGAUAUGGAGAGGAAGAAAGCUGAUUUCAAAGCUGGAAGAUCCCUUGGGGUUAGUGGACGUGAAGUGUUUGAGUUCCGACCUGAGCUGGUGAAUGAUGACGACGAGGAAGCCGAUGAUACCAAAUACGCAAAGGCUGACGACGACGACACUGACGACGACACUGACGACGACGAUGAUGACGAUGAUGAUGAUGAUCUCACUGAAGAGGCUGAAGAUACUCCAGUGUUUCAGGACAUCGAUCUGGCCAGGUUUGUUCCAAAGGAAGUGGACAGUGCAGGAAUUACAGUGGCAUCAGCAGACAGGUUUUCAGCAAAGGCUCAGCCUACAGCGAGCACAGACGACAAUAAGCUGAGUGAAGCCUCCGGUGGAGUGGAAGAGAACGGGGAGCAUAGCUCUGGGCCCGAGGACGAUGAGACGGAUGCUGUACCUGUAGAUGAGAACCUCUUCACGGGGGAAGACUUGGAUGAGCUGGAAGAGGAGCUGCACACGCUGGACCUGGAGGAAUAAAGGGGACGUUGCCGGGCUCGCAUGCAGUGGACCAUGCAAGGCUUGCGACGAGCGGCCAUGUUCGAUAUCGGCAUCUGACAGACCCCACCCCCCCCCAAACACUAUGUUCCUUUGCUUCUUCUGACGUUCCAGGACACAACAAGAUUUCAAAAGAAAUGGAUCUUUAAAAAUUUGCAUCUUGCUGUUCAUAACCUACAGCUGAUUCCUUUCUUAUACCGGUGAACUGUUAUGGGAGAUGGUUGACCUCCUGAAAGCAAAGUUUACUUUCAUGGGUCUUUUUGCUUUUGGGUUGAUUUGUUAAUCCCGAAUAGUUUGAGGUCCAGGCAAAAUCAUAAAUCCUGAAUUUUUAUGAACAACUGAUAUUCACUUUUCUAAGUUAUGUUUGAGGUUUCCAUAUGCCAUAACCAAAUCAAAUAAUGGUUAAUGGUAAAUUGUGUAUUGUUUAGGACAAUACUCAUUAAAAAAAAAAAAAAAAAAGGCAGGCUUGUAAAUUUGCAGGUGUAAUGAAACAUCAGACUGCAGAUUUUUCAUUUAAGUUAGUACUGUUUCUCGCUGAUGUGAACAUGAUGCUUAUUUCUGGAAUAGAAAGGAUUAUUUCAGCAGUGGAAUUUUGAGUUUUUAUGAUGUGGGGGAAAACGCCGCAUGUCAAUAUUAAAAUGUAUGGCGAACAUCCUUGGUGCUGAUUUUAUAACCAGCUCCUACAGGUGUGGUGAGAAGCUGGGUAAUUUCAUAAACAUUGUGAAUCUGUACAUCAGCAUUGGAAGAUGUGAUGACAACAUGCAAAGAUGAGUCAUGUGGCUGUUAAAGGGAUAAAGACCAUUGCUGCUCAGGUUUGACUGUUGUACUGCAGGUUGUUACAGGUCCUUUUAGAAGCAAAAACAGAUAAUUUAAGAAUUGUGUUGAUCCUUGUGUGGCAAAUUGUUUUAAACGUUCCUCACCAAUAUGGCAAGACCAGUUGUAAAUAAAAUGACAAGGAUAUGAAUAAUUUUGCUCUUUGUUCAGAGGAAACAUUUAAAAUAAAGUAUCAGACAAAUUAAAGGUGCACUAAAGUAUGGUUGUGUGUGAA